UCGUAAAUAAAAAUAAUGAUUAAUAAAGAAAACGUAGAAAAGUUUAAAAAAGAACUUACGAUGGCAACCACGGAAAUACAGAAAAACGGAAGUGCACAAAAUAUUAUAAAACAGGCACCCUGGACAGACGAGCAAGGCAUCACGAUGAAGGUGUACCAGGGCGUUAUGAUGGCGCUAGAGAUUUUAGUUCUGAUUGUGAAGCUGUAUGCGACCUGGUUCUACUGCCUCUAUCGCUUCUUUGUACCGCCAGAACCUAAGAGUGUUAAUGGGGAAAUUGUGUUGAUAACUGGAGCAGGCCACGGAAUGGGAAGAGAAAUGGCGUUGAGGUUCGGCCGUUUAGGAAGUGUCAUAAUCUGUGUUGACAUCAAUCCUAAAGGCAACGAAGAAACCGCCGAAAUGGUUAAAGAGAACAAGGGAAAGGCACAUACCUAUAAAUGUGACGUAACAGACCGAGAGGCUAUUAAUCAGCUUAUAGAAAAAGUUCGUAAGGAAGUCGGAGAAGUCACGAUUUUGGUAAAUAAUGCUGGUAUCAUGCCAUGCAAGCCUCUGCUCCAGACCAAUGAAAAGGAGAUCAGACUGGCUUUCGAAGUCAACGUUCUCUCGCAUCUCUGGCUACUCCAAGCCGUGCUACCCUCGAUGAUGGAGAGAAAUCACGGUCACAUCGUCGCUAUGUCUUCGAUGGCUGGAGUUCUUGGUCUCCGUAAUCUGGUGCCCUACUGCGGUACCAAGUUUGCAGUCCGCGGAAUGAUGGAGGCUCUGCAUGAGGAACUUAGAGAGGAUCCGAGGGACUUCAGUGGAAUUAAACUAACCUGUAUCUUCCCGUACAUCGUUGACACCGGCCUGUGCAAGAAUCCGAAAAUCAAGUUCCCGUCACUGAUGAAGAUCAUAUCUCCCCAGGAGGCAGCCGACAACAUCGUGGAUGCUGUUAGGAGGAAUUACACAGAGAUCACAAUUCCCAGCUCUUUAUUUUAUAUCAAUCAGUGGUUCCGAAUAUUCCCCAGACCCGUGCCCCUGCAUUUAAAGGAUUUUUUGGAUUCCGGACUUGAAGCGCAAUAGAUUUUAUUUCUUAAAAUAUCGACUUCGAUGUACAAAAUCGUUAAACUGAAUGCAAAAGUCUUAAAACGACCUUUGAUUAGUUUAUUCGAGUACACUCGACUUUAGCGAGUAAUUAUGUAUGUAAAAACUUACUGAAUAAUUCUCCUUUCACUGUUGUAACUAAAGUCAUUCGAUGAUUUAUUAGUAGUGGAAAUAGAUUGAUUUAUUAAUAACAAAGAAAAUGGAAUUUAAUUAAACAGCGAAUCAAUCGAAGCGCUUUUGGUAUACCAAUUUGACUUUUGAAAUCGAAAAUUAAUACACUAGUUCAUAAAUUCUAGGUAUGAGAAAAAAAUCUACCACAGGCAAUAUUUCUAAGUUAAUAGGAGAAACUACUUUUAACAAAUGAAUAGGAUACAUGUACCAGCGGUUUACUAGAUCUGGACAUGUAUCUGGAUCUAGACACGAAUGAUUUGGUUUUUUCAAUCAAGGAUGUCCAAUGAAUUUUUCUUUCUAUGUGGGCCACACUCAAAAGAUUACGGCAAAUAUCAUGAGAAAAUCGACCCAAAAAUUUACGACACAUACAGAAGGUUGACGUCUUGUCUAUAAAAAAUAUAUCGAAGACUCGAAUGCAAUCUGAUGCCAAGCCUCGUAAAAAGUAGUAGUGCUACUAGAUUAUUAUUUUAAAAUACCGCAUUAGUAGUAGAUAGUAGGUAUUUCGUACUCGUACUACGUAUAGACCAAUUGGGUACACCCAAUAUUAAUAGGAAAUUAACGUAGAAAACAUUUACAGUGGUGCAGAUUAUUACCAGUAAGCGUGCCGCUGCAAAUUAAGGACUUUAUGGACUCGGGACUCGAACCCCAAUAAAUGUAGGUACAGUCUCAAAUUAUAUUGUGUUUGCUUCAUGUAUCACCUUUGUAUCCAGGUCUUCAUUUAGAAUCAUUUCAUCGAGAGGACUCGCUUCAUAGAUAUUUUCAGAUCAUCUUUGUGGGCUGAAUGUCUGGCAUAUAACAUACACGAUAUCUUUGUUAUCUUCGUUAUGGAAACAAACGAUUAUGGGAACAUACUUUUUAAGAUAUAAUCAUGAUUUAUUUUAAAGGUUUUGUUCAGGAGAAGCCAAACAAUUUCCAAACCUGGAGAAGAUAAGUUUUUAUAUUUCUUUACCAUAUAAGAGUGUGAUAAUUAGAUGUUAAAUAAAGUAGCUUAAAAUGCCUUAAUUAGAAAUGUCUCUCAACUUUACUGCUUCUGACAAUUUUCUUGUAUAUAAAAUUGCCAUAUAGAAACAAUGUUAAAGUGUCAAGUUUAAGAAGACCGUAGCCAAGAACACUUUGCAUCUAACUUUACCGUAAAUUGGUUUUGCAAAGCGAGACGCUUGACGCAAAGUAUUUUGUCUACAGUCUCAGGUCUUCUAAUAUGAACAUCAUAUUUAAAUCUAAUUUGAACAAUACAACCAUUAAAUAGCAACACUUAAACGAUACAACUUAAUUCACGGAUAGACGAAAUGUCCAAAACCAAUAGAAAUUUAAAAUAUCUUAUAAUGUUGCAAAGUCAGAUGGCUAAUUAAGACUUUUAAAGGGAAAUAUUAUGUACAUUAUAUUUCUGAUUAUUCGUUAAUUUUAUCAAAUAAAUAUUUAAUCACAUCCAAACUUAAUGCUUAAAGUAAUAUUGUAAUAAUACUGCUAGUAGUCGACGUAGUUUAAGGGUAAUGUUUGUGCCUUAAGUUGUGUACUGAACAUGACAAUAUCAGAAAGUCUCGUAAAUUUUGUACUUUUAUACGAAACAUAUUUAAAUUUUAUAUGGUAUGUUGGGAUUUGUUAAAACGUAGUUCAAUGUCAAUGACAAUUAAAUGGCUUUAUAUAUACUGCUCUCUAUGUGUGUCGAGAAAUAAAUUGUAAUUAAAGAAUCAGAAAAAUGCUAGCGACACUCUAAUGACGUAGGUUUGAUCUUCGUCUGUGCAACUAUGGCCUUUCUAUGUGUGUAUUUCUCAUUAAUACGGUGAAGGAAAAUAUAGUGUGGAAACCGGGCAUACUUUAGAUCCAAAAAGUCAUUGACUUGUGUCAGGCUAAUCACCUACUUGCUUAUUGCAAAAAACAGAGACCCAGACCUAAAAGGUUGUCACGUAAACGAUUGCACCAGUUUUAUUAAAUUUAAAAAGACGCCUCCAGUAUGCUGAUUUUUGUGUACCGCUGAGUGAUCUAGGAUAACGCUGACAGCUGAGCACUGACCAUCCACUUACUGCUGAAAAUUAGCCAUGUUUUGCCCAUCUUAGAAAGCCGAAUAUUCUGAAACUAAUUAUGGAGAGUCUGUUUCAAUGAAACAAAAACAAUGCUGUUAAAUUUAGUUGUUAUUGGCGUAAAUAUAUGAAAGCAUAUUUAAACUCAUAUUUAUUUAGUUAAAACAAUUUUCGAGAUUUUAUACAAAUAUUUUUAUCAAUAACUUGCCUUACAGUGCCAUUAUAGUAUGUCAAAGUUAAAAAUAGUGAAUUGUUUAAUUUCAACUCAGAAAAUAAACUAAUUCACUAAUUUUCAUUACAUAAUUUAUUACGUAAUAUAUAUUACGUUUUUAAAUACUUACAAUUUAUUCAAAUUUCCUAUCCAGGUCUUGUUAGACAAAUUAAUAAGUUUUUGGUACAAUAUUCUAGUAAUUUUAUUUAUUGCAAACAUUUAUGUUUGCUAAAAUAUAUUUAUAAAAUAAUAAUGCGGAUUGUUCCUUAUAUCUUACGUAUAAUUUAUUUAUGUGCUAUCGAAAAUACUUGGGCUGUUGUAUUUAAUAUAUCUUGAAGAUGUUUAUAUUUUUAUAGAAGGUUGCAUAUAUUC